CCUGGCUCCAGUCUUCAAUUGAAAUUCAUUUGCACCUUUCUGCCUGCGGGGGCCUGGCAUCGUCAAGUGUGUGAUCGACCCUUCAAGGCAAAGCAGGACUGCCAGCCACUCACACGAUGUUUGUUGGCUGCUGCUGUGCUGACUCAUCACAGGACUCUCUGGAGGCACAAUUCAAUCUGCCCAUAGCAGCCGAUGAGAAGACUGUGCCAUACCUUGCCACCGAUAGAAGGGGGCCUGCUGGCAAGGACGUGCCCUCUUCUGCAAGGUCGGGGAAGUCUCUGACUCAAGAGGAGAAGGAGGCUGAGAAGGCGCGCCUCCAGACUUUGGUCAACAACUUUGCCAAGAAGGCAGUUCGCGGCUGUCCAUGCGUGUACUUCAAAGAAGGCAACGCACAGAGGUUUGAGACACAAUACAGAAUUGACAAAAGCUUGGAAUACCUGAUUCUGGUGAAUCCACAGGAGCCUGGCGUCACAGAGGUGACAUGCCCCAUAGCGGCAAUACAGGACAUUUACUCGCUAGCAGAGGAUGGAGCGAGCUGCUUCCCGCCAGAGGUGGUGAAAGCCCUUGAGCCGGAGGACAAGGAGCGGCUGCUGAUGAUCGUCUUUGGCGACACUGACGGCAAGUUGUUCAGGUUCUGCCUGGUUGAGGAGUCUAUUCGGAGUCGAGAUGACUUCCUGGAGUGCAUGAGGAUCCUGUGCAUCUACGCGCAGUCCAACCCGAGUGACGGCCGGUAAGAAUGAGUCCACCUCUCAGCCGUUCAAAUGUUCAAAAGGCAAAUGGCGAAGGGGUGCGAUGAAAAGUGCAAAGAUGCCAAGACGAAAAUAUCUGUGCCAAGUGUGCCUAGCUCUGAGGAGGCCUGGAUUGAUGUUUCACCAAUUGG